AUGCAAGGAACAUCAGGUAUGACGCAAUUACAACAAUCAAAUCAAGCUGUAGCCGUUGCAGCAGCUAAUGGACAAUUGAAUGGUGGUUGUUCAACAUUAUUUUUAACCGGCUUUCCUGAACAUGAUUUUAAGAAUAUGUCAUUUGCUUUUAAUCAACCGAAACAACAACAACAACAACAACCAGUGACUAUUGUUGAUUUAGUUGAGAAACAACAAUUAUUGCUUAAACGUUCUACGGAUGAAAAUUUAUCAACAUCGGAUAAAAACAUAAAACGUUUACGACAUCAAUAA